GAAAGAUGGCGGCGGCAGCGCCUCCAGAUGAGGCCAGCCUGCAGUCUCGCAUCAACAAGGCCACCAAUCCUCUGAAUAAGGAGACUGACUGGGACUCUAUAAAGGGAUUCUGUGAUCAGCUCGAAAAUGAACCGGAAGGUCCUCAGCUUGCCACCAGACUUCUGGCACACAAAAUCCAGUCUCCUCAGGAGUGGGAGGCGAUGCAAGCGCUAACGGUUCUUGAGACAUGCAUGAAGAACUGUGGAAAGCGAUUUCAUAGUGAAGUGGGAAAGUUUCGCUUUCUCAAUGAGCUCAUCAAAGUGGUCUCACCAAAGUAUUUAGGAGCCCGGGCUCCAGAGGCAGUGAAGAAGAAAGUUUUAGAAAUGGUGUACAGCUGGACGGUGAGACUGCCAGAUGAGACCAAAAUAUCAGAAGCGUAUCACAUGCUGAAAAAACAGGGCAUUGUCAAGCAGGAUCCUGUGCUUCCUGAUGACAAGCCCCUCCCACCCCCUCCACCCAGAGCCAGAAAUGCCAUCUUUGAGGAUGAGGAGAAAUCAAAGAUGCUGUCCCGCUUGUUGAAUAGCACCCACCCUGAAGAUUUAAGAGCAGCAAACAAGCUCAUUAAGGAAAUGGUCCAAGAGGAUCAAAAACGAGUGGAGAAAGUAUCAAAGCGAGUGAACGCCAUCCAGGAGGUGAAGGAGAGUGUCAGCCUGCUGAGCCAGCUGCUGGAGGGCUACAGCAAGGAGAGCUGUUCCCAGAGCAACCAGGAGCUCAUUAAGGAUCUUUACCAUCGAUGUGAGAAGAUGAGGCCUACGCUAUUCCGAUUAGCAAGUGAUACAGAGGAUAGUGAUGAAGCUUUAGCUGAUAUCUUGCAGGCCAACGACAGCUUGACGCAGGUCAUUAAUCUGUACAGACAGCUAGUAAAGGGAGAGGAUGUUACUAAAGAUGCCAUAAACUCAUCCUCACAACCAGACAGCACUAGCUCAGCGCUUGUAGACCUGACGGGCCUUAACAUUUCGGCCAACACAGCACCGUCCAACACGGAGUUCUCCAGCCUACAGACGCUGACUCAGAACAUGGGCAUGAGCCUCUUGGAUGAUGAGCUCAUGUCACUUGGAUUGAAUGUAACCGAAAACGGUGACUCUCUGAACGCUUUUCAGACAUCAGAUAUUACAGAAGCAUCAACUCCGUCUGCACCAGCUUCAGUGUUGCUACCAGCUGUGGUCCAGAAACCACAGGCUCCACCAGUAGAGGGCCCCACUGCACCACCUAAAGCCAUGGAAGAGCUGGACUUGUUGGGAAAGACACUGCUGCAGCAGUCUCUACCUCCAGAGAGCCAGCAGGUCAAAUGGGAUAAGCUGCAGCCUCAAUCAAGAGUCCCUUUACGAGAUCUCCAGACAAAGUCCAGCUCAAAGCCUGCUCCUGCUGCAACUUCCACCUCCUUAUCUAGUCCUGCUACUGCUGUGGCCAGCCCGGUCGUCCAUUCAGAGCAGCCUGAUGCUGCGCUCCUCUCCAAUCUUGUUCUCACAGUUACUGACAAAGCCUCAUUACCCACUGCUGACCCCUAUGACAGCAUCUCUCUAGCUGAUGUUACUGUGCCUCUGGAAACUAUCAAACCUAGCACCUUGUUACCAGUCACUGUAUUUGACAAACACAGUCUCCGGGUUUUGUUCACCUUUGCCCGCGACUGCCCUCCGUCACGGCCCGAUGUGCUGGUGGUGAUCAUCUCCAUGCUGUCCUCAGCCCCCAUCCCCGUCACCAACAUCCGCUUCCAGGCAGCUGUGCCCAAAGUGAUGAAAGUCAAGCUACAGCCUCCCUCCAGCACUGAGCUGCCUGCCUUCAAUCCCAUCCUGCCUCCAGCUGCUGUCACACAGAUUUUACUGUUGGCUAACCCUCACAAGGAGAAAGUACGUUUGCGGUACAAGCUAACUUUUAACCUGGGGGACAAAUCUCAUGAUGAAUCUGGUGAUGUUGACCAGUUCCCACCUCCGAACACUUGGGGAAACCUUUAGUGUGAAGGACCAGUAUCCCGUCAUGUGAUCUGCUGCUUCCUUUACAUUUAGGUCGAAGCUCUCCCUCAAUGCUGACUGAGGCCAGGGGACCUCUUUACGCUUCAGUGGUUUCAAACUCUGGGAGCAGUUGUGGGAACCAGCUUCCACCGUGUGCCUUUGUUCACAGCCUUUCUCUUCUUAUUUGAUCAUAUCCAUGUUCCCGAAUGUUGUUGCUGCUUUCUUUUCUUUUCUUUUC